AUGUGGAUGCAAGAAAUGGAGAAAAUUCUUAUUCUGUUGAAUUGUACCAAGGAGCAAAAAGUCCUCUUUGCCACUUUCAAACUGACUAGAGAAGCUGAACGGUGGUGGCAUGCAAUGAAACUAUUAGAGGAACAGCGAGUGGUACCAAUAGCAAUGACCUGGGUUCGCUUCAAGCAAGUUUUCUACGACCAAUAUUUUCCCGCCACCACCAGAAAUGCAAAGGCAGAAGAAUUCUUCAGUUUGACUCAAGGGCGCCUCACAAUUCAGCAGUACACUGCUAAAUUUAUGGAGUUAUCCCAUUUUGCACCUUUUGUGCUACGGUGGCAGAGUCAAGUCUACAGAGGGGUACGGAGGCAUCAGAAUGAAGGAAGGGGCCUGCGUCUCCACGAUCCCAAACAAAUGUCAGACAAGGGUUGUGGAGGGGAGAUAGAGAUGCAGCAAGUUAGGGGGCAGAAAGAAGUGAUCGGGAACGUCAGAACAAUUCGUCACCCCCCCCAUUGCCCUAGGUGCAAUCAGCGGCAUUGGGGAGAAUGUCGGGGUAGGAUUGUUAUAUGCUACAGGUGCGGAAAACAGGGCCACAUAGCUCAAGAAUGUCGUGAACUGCCGAAUAAUUCACCAGCCCUGAACCAAAAUCAGAAUCAAAGGAACAAUCCAGUGCCUCGCAGCGGCGAAGGCUCAGAGCGUGUCUAUAUGUUGGGUAUGCCUUAA